AUGGACGAAGAUGAAAGACCGACAAAGCGUAUCAAACGGGCAUGUGAGACGUGUCGUCGGAAAAAAUCCCGCUGCUCUGGGGAGCGCCCCGUGUGCUCGAACUGCACUCGCUUGGGACACCACUGCGAGUAUGCUGCGGAAGAAGCUCCGGAAUAUGUAAGGAGCUUGCCGCUGCCUUUGUUUCACAUUGCGACCUUCCUGCAAUCAUAUGACAGCCGGGAUGCAGAGGUCCAACUUGCAAUUCAAGCAUUGGGUCAGAGAUUCAAUGACAGGGGUGUGGCUGAUCCGGAGGUCAACCGACAGGUUCAAGACUGGACGGAAUCGUCCCGGCGCAUGGUGAUGAGCCGCUUGGCCGAAGGGGCUGUGGAACUGUCCACUCUGCAGGCCAUGUGCCUGUUAACAAUGAUUGAUUACACAAACAGCAAUAUCAUCCGAGCCGGUGUGAACCUUCGUCUAGCCAAGUACUUGGUUGAAUGCCUCAAACUAGAUUUGCCAGAUUUCCCAGACAACUUGGAGGAUGAGCGCGAUGAGCGGGUCUUAUGUCGCUGGACGAUAUAUAUGCUUGAAGCAUUAGUCGGCGACACGUCCCUCACAGCAAACAGCAAUCUUGUUAACGCCACAACCAGGACAGAUCCCGGCCUAGCCGCCUACACGGUGCAAUUCAGUAAAGUAUGGGAGCUGUCCCGAGCCUACGCCUCGGCUCAUAUUAAGUCUGAAUCGCCGCCUCCAUGGUCGGCACAGUCCGAUUAUUCCGUCAUCAAUUCCGAGCUGAUGGGAUGCGAGAGCCGGACCCCUCUGAAAUAUCGGAUGCACGCGAGCCGAUUCCCUGAGCUCUUGGGAACUGAGCUCAAUCAGCGAAGGGAAUACUGGGGUCCGUGGCUUUUCUUUCAGUUUGUCUGCCAUUCAACUUUGGUCCUUGUCAACCAUCCACUACUACUGUCAAUACGAUUGAAAAAUUUCCGUCAAACCAUGCCGCAGUCAUUUCUGCGGAACUCGUUUGAGCAGAUUACCCUAAACACAAGCUGGAUUCUACAUUUUGUCACUCUUCUCGAGAAGAAAGAUUUCGAGGUAUCCGAUCCAACUCUAGGUCAGUGUGUGGCUAUUGUGGCGACAAUCUUCCUCCAGCAUAGUUUCGUAGAGGAGCCAAGCUUUCGACAGAAGGCACAGAUCGGUUACGAUAAGUGUCUCGGUUUUGUUUCCAAAAUGGGCAGACACUGGCCGCAUUUAGAGCGACAGGCAAACAAACUCCACCAGUUGAGGAAUAGUAUCUCCUCCAGUGGCACACACGGUUCUCAGCAGGCCUGGUCUGUAAAUGUGCAUCUUUUAUGGGAAAUUCUGGUCUCCUCUCCUACCAACAAGCUAGCCGAGGACUUCUCAAAAGAUAUAUUCGGGCCUUAUCUGACAAACAGUAUCGUCCAAAGUUCAUCGCAGUCUGAUGAUGCACUGUCGGGCCCCGAACUUGCUCUCAUCGGGUCUGCUGGCAUUACUGGACAUCGGACGGUGGCUAAAGAGUUAGUCACGUAUCCGCCAGAGGAUCUUCCACAGCCUGAUCAAGGCCAAGAUUUAGUUCUAGAUCUCAAUCUUUCAGGGCUUGUUGGAAAUCCUGAAUUGGGGUUUUCUGCCACGCCUGGUGGUGGACUUUUGCAGCCACAGGAUUAUGGCCAUUUGCUUCAGCAGUGCAGUAAUGUUUACCGCAAUUUCAGUCGGAACCGCAUUGUCCCCGACGUUAAUCCAUUUUUUUCGUUUUUCGCGCUCUUACGGCAUUUUGCGGAAUUCGACAAUACGGCCGCCGUGGCCAAGAUCAAGCGAGGCAAGAAGCCGACCCAAGAGGAUAUGUUCAAUAUCAAGCGCGUCGACAUUGCGGAGGAUGAGCCCGUGCGAGAAAUAUUCGUUCCAUUUGACGAUGCACAGCUAACUCUGGUGCAUCGGAGUAUUGGGAAGUACCGAAGAUACCACUACUACGCGCAUUAUCCUUAG